AUGUCGCGAUUUACCCCCACCGUCUUAUCACUCGAGAUAAACAAACUACGAAAGUACGAACUUGAUGUGAUACGUCAGUCAAGCCAAAUGAAAAUUUGGUCUCCUUUUAUUAACCGCCACGGUAACGUGUCUCUCAAAAAGAAGUUUGGCGAAGCUUUGGAUGAAGGAAAUACUGAAGGGGCUGAGUUGAUCAAAACGUUCAAAGAUCAAAUUUACGUUGACGGUUCAAUCGUAGGUUAUGACGAUGGGAAGGAGGUUGUUCGUUUAUACCAUGAAUUUAAACAAAUAUUCGCAGAUGCUUCUUUUAAUACGCCUGCUCUAAGGUCAAAUAUGAAGAGGUCUUACGAGCCAAUUCCCGCAAAAGACUCAGAAAUUGGUUCAAUUCAGAAAGUGUUAGGAAUUAAAUGGCAAAGGCAGACGGAUCAGAGUGCUGGCUCAAGAGAAAUUGAAAGCAAAAAUUUCGGUCCAAUCAAUGUGGAUCUUCCUGACAACGCUCUGGAAAAACGGAUAAAGAUCCAGAAGGCGUUAAAAGACGUUAGCAAGCUACCAGUACUUAGGAGGGUAAGGAAUCAACAACCAGAAACAAAAUAUGAACUGCGUGCAUUUUGA